UGGAACCGUGUCCGCCGAAGCUUCCAAAACAGCUGACCAAUAUUUGCGAAUGCGUCGAUACCAUGCCCAUGCAAGGAACCACGUCGAGCAUUUCUCCUGCCUUUCUGGCGAGCCUUUAAAAGCCUGCAUCGCGCAUCCUCAAGUUCCUUAUUCUUUCCUCUCUAUUCGACGCUUCUCUAUACUUUGUCUCUUCUACAGGACUUUGCCAAUAUAUCCAAGUCCAAGUCCAAGUCCAUCAACAACACCAUGCCUGCUGUCAACAGCAACAACACAAAUUUCCAGGCGUCGAGGAGACGCUCGAGUUCUAGCAGCGUGUCGUUUGCCAUGCGCGCCAGACUAUCCGCUCCUAGCACAAGAUACGACACAGAGUCUUUCUCGAUCAGACCGUCCAAGACUGAGCGGGUCCGCGAUAUCAUGUACUCGGUCGCAGCCCGCGUUUAUUCGCGGUGAGAAAAAAA